UAUUUUAGUAUACCCUGUAGAGUAGGGGUAUUCAGCGCUGUUGCCAUGGUGAUAAACAAAAGCUGCUUUAGAUAAUUUCAGUAGUAGCUUUUCGGCUGUGCUUGUGAACGUGUCGCUUACGUUUCACUUAGGAAUAUUUAUUUGCUAACCAAAUAGUUUCAUAUAUUACUUAAUUUCUUUGAAUAUCGGCGCCGUAAAUUUCUGGUGGAAAAAUGUCCUUCUUUGUGGAUAUUGUCACGGAGGAUUCCUUUUAUGAAAAUCUUACUCUAGGUGUCGUAAAGAUCCUGGAGAACAGUCCCUGCGUGAAAAGCGUUCAAAUUGAAAAGAGAAGUGCUUGCGACAGGAAUGCUUUGUCUACUUGGGAGCAAAGACACUGCUGUGUACUUCCGGAUGAUAUGAGAAAUUUUUAUUCGUCCAUAGACGGCUUCUUGUUAACUUGGUCUCUCGAGAUAUCGGGUGAAGAAUUCCCAGUAGGAAGACUGGAAAUUGGCACGCUCAGCGAACUCAAGAGAUUCGUGGGUAGCAAAGAGCAACAAGCAGACGCCGAAGCAAAGAUUCAAGAGAAUCCACAGAUUCCAUCGCUGAGCCCUCGUUGCAAGUUAUUUGAAGUUGGUCAAUGCGCCGGAAGUAAAGUAUUUCUGUCCUACAUCCGACCGGAUCUGGAACCUGGUGUAUGGCUGUACCAGGAAGAUACGAAUACCUGGUACCACUUGGCCGAUAGCUUUACUAAAUAUUUCAGAAUGAUGUUGGUACAUCUUGGUCUCCCUUUGUGGCAAUACUGUGCCGCCGGUCUUGAUUUGCCAACUUGGAUCGAACAGAUUUACUUUCUGGUAGGACCACACCUAUUGCCUAAUAGUAUGGAGACGACGAAGAUGAUCUCCACGAAUCUCCGGAACGAUGGGCUGGCUAAUAGCAUCGAUCCAGCCAUUUUCAAGGGCAGAGAGAGCAAGCAGCGUAACGUCCGCAAGAAAUAAAACUGGCCGUGUUCAGUAAAGCCGGAAGUUAAAUUUUACUGUUGAAUUUAGGCUUUAAUCCUAUUCCGGUUUCCGCUUUUCCACACCAUUCUUCAGAAGUGUCAUCCCUUGGCCUAAUUGGCACAGCACACGCAGGAAAAACACCCUGAUAAAUUGGCAGUACUGCUUCCCACUUGGCAAGUCCAGCCUGAUUCUUCGAGUCACCGAGUCUCCAAGCUAGUCCUUGUUUUUCUGUUCAUUAGACAAAAAUCUAUAAUCGAUUCUGUUCUCAUUUUUAUUUGACUUACCAUCAAUCAUUUCAUUGACAAUCGGAAAUUGCAGCAAUGCUGUACAGACUCCUUUCAAUUAUAUGCAAAAGCUAAUAUUUAUAAACCAAGAUAGAAGCAAUAAAACUAGUAGAGUGUAUUCGGUGGGUUAUCGAUUACCGGGAGUGAAGAGCACUCUGAACAGCUUCUUGUCUUUCAAAAAAGGGGAAUAUGGAAAGUUUUAGUAGAUCCCUAAAAUGAAGAGAGUUUCAGUACUAUCUUCAUAAGACUGACAGAGAAGAAGGAAACGAAAUGGCAGCGAAAUCUAAUAAGUGGAAGUAAACUAUAUCCUCCAGGGUCCACUUUCCUUUUUCUGUCUAGGCUUGGUUCUGUGUUUCAUCGUUAAGUCAUCGAUCGACACAUAUAUUCCACCUCUAUGUGACAUAAAAAUAGAAUUAAGUACGCUCGUUAGUCCGUUGUGUUCUUCACAUUCCCGAAAGACCUCAGGGUAAUAUCGAUCGAAUGUCAAACGUCAAUGUAUGAAUGAACGAAUUUGAUAAAUUUGAAUGAAAAGGGUGAAUUAAAAAA